CCCCGAGUGUCAACCCACGCAAUAUCCCGGAAGCUCGGCACAGGGGCGCAUGCGAGAAGUUUUGUUUGGCUUGUCGGUGGUUCCCUCAUUUCUUGUAACUUGAGUUGUUGCUGAGAUUCACCGUGAGCCAAUUACAAGGCCUGAGAAGAAACGUGGACGACGUUGAAUUACCUUAGCCGAGUAUCUACAUUCAACUGUACUGGCAGUUCGUUUUCUCAUAGAACUCAACUCGUUAAUAGAACAUGACAGAACAAUCAAAUCUGUUACUGCGUAAACAACUCGGAGAGCUAAACAAGAAUCCAGUGGAAGGCUUUUCUGCAGGUCUCAUCGAUGACGAUGACAUAUACCAGUGGGAGGUCGUUGUUAUCGGACCACAAGAUACCCUGUUCGAGGGCGGUUUCUUCAAGGCUCACUUGAUAUUUCCCAAAGAUUAUCCUUUGAGACCGCCGAAGAUGAAGUUCAUAACAGAAGUAUGGCAUCCUAAUGUGGCCAAGAAUGGCGACGUGUGCAUCUCUAUCCUGCAUGAGCCCGGAGAGGACAAAUAUGGCUACGAGAAGCCAGAGGAGCGCUGGCUGCCCAUUCACACUGUGGAGACCAUCAUGAUCAGCGUCAUCUCCAUGUUGGCCGACCCCAAUGGAGACUCUCCUGCCAAUGUGGAUGCAGCUAAAGAGUGGCGGGAAGACCCGAACGGAGAGUUCAAGAAGAAGGUAGCGCGCUGUGUGAGGAAAAGCCAGGAGAUGGCUUUUGACUAGAAAAUCUGACCCGAGAAGAAGGAUGGAUCUGACUGAUGAAUUGCACUUGGGGUUGCACUUAAAAGUCAACGUAACACCCCCUCGCAGUUCUUCUGAACGGAUGAAUGAACGAUUGCCUGCACACUAAAAUAACAUGCAAGGAUGUCUACUUUUGAAAGCUGUGAAAACUCAAGUACCAUCGUGGUGGUAAACACAUUUAUUUAGAUAUUUUAGGUCUUUCUUUUUUCCAUUUGCCAGUAUGAUAUCCAUUGUAUAAGAAAUUGGUGUGUGAAUGACGGAUUUAAUAUUAACCUCUAUUGUCAAAUCGGUUUGUGUUGCGCUUUCUUGACACUAUUUUAUUCCCCACAUUUCCUAGGCUUACAAUAUGGAACUGUCUUGGCAAUAACUUCCACAUUACACACUUAAAAGUAAAAAAAAAGCAAAAGCUCCUUUUGUGCAGUGUUAAUUUAAGUGUGUGUGUGUGUGUGUGUGUGUGUGUGUGUGUGUGUGUGUGUGUGUGUGUGUGUGUGUGUGUGUGUGUGUGUGUGUGUGUGUGUGUGUGUGUGUGUGUGUGUGUGUGUGUGUGUGUGUGUGUGUGUGUGUGUGUGUGUGAGAGAGAGAAAGAACUUGGGUUUGUUAGUAUUCAACAUAUUUUCAAUUUGCAUUUCACUCGAGCUUUGUUAUCAAACGGAAUUGGAUUUGACCGUUGAGCCUCUGCUAAAACGAAGGCCCCUACAGUCCUUGCAGUGACAGGAGUUAUUCAAAAUAUGGUUUGCCGUGAACCAGACCACAGGCAGAACUGAUUAAAUAAGGUACAACUUGACAUUCCGUUGGAUUGUUAAGAUGAUAGUCACAUGACUGUCUUCUCAGAAAGAGGUCAACUGGGUAUUCUGACGCUGUAGUGGCGAUAUGACUGGAUUUCGACAGUUGUUCAUUAUGUAUUAAAUCAAUGAGGCUCAUUCAUUGUAACAUUGUCAUUAGCAUUGAAGAAAAAACUAUCCUUUAAUUGCUUCCUCCUUCUAUGACCUGUGCAAAUGCUGUUAUGAUGUCUCAACUGCAUUGGGCGACACAAUUAAGUAAUAUAACUACUAAUACGAAUUAUUUGCUCAAACUUUUAAAAUUAACAAUAAUACAACAUUCUGGAACCGAAUAUAACAUUGUUUUUAUCAUUUCAUGUUAUGCAAGUCUGCUGGGGGGGGGGGGGGGGGGGAAGGAAGGGGAACUCCAAAUUGAUUAAGCACAGAUUUGCUAGACAUUUUGCUAUGAGACUUUCUAAACUAUUUAUUUAGAUACAUGAAAUGCAUGAUUGUUGUUUGGGUAUUUUGUUUUCAGUCUGCCAUGCUGAGCCAUUGUUGAUGCAAUCCUGAUGUGUGUUAACAUUUCAGAAGUUUAGAAUCUGUGUUUUUCCCCACAAUCCCCGCAAUUCCACCUUGCUGAGGGGUUCCUUCUCAUGAGGGGCAUACAUGUCCACAUGCUGCCUUACUUUGACUCCCUGCAAGUGGGGUCUAAAAUACAUUCUCAUCUAUAAGCCUCUGUGGCAGUUCUGAGAAGGCACCAAACUCAUGACCAUCACACACAAAUGUCACCUGUAACAUUCAUAUAAUAUAUCUAUACAUAUCGAUAUAUGUAUAUUAUUUGAUGUAUACGAAAGAAUCCCCCCAAAUCCAUGAAACAAUUUGCCCACAUGUCUUGUUUUCAUUUCAGACCCCGCAUGAAUGAUGAGAUAACUUGAAUUUAGUUACAUUUGUAUCAGAAGACUUAUCCUAACUUAAGUCUGAAAUACUUGAUCGUGACUAACAAUCCACGAGCAAAAAGCAAAUGAGCUCAAGCAUAUUUUUGUGUAAUAUAAAUAUUUGAAAACUAUCCCAAGGUGUGUGUGUUCCUUUGAUAACCCUAACGAACGUGUGCGUACUGCUUCUGUCAAAGGCGACGUCCCAAGCCCUACAUUAAUAUCAUUACAUUAUGUGUAAAUAUGAAAAAAUUACACCUUGCAUCAAUGACUUGAAUGGAAAAGCUAUAGUCAAUUGAUUCACUUUGAUUAAUUUAUUUUGUCCUGGGUGAAUGGCAGUCUAUUUAUAAGCACUUAUCCUUCACUCUGAGGAGGUGGUUAAGUGUUGGUCCGUGAUUGCUAUAGGCUAUACAGGUAUAAUGUAGCAUUCAGUGAGGGGGUGACUGAAAAUAUGAAUUGAAGGCACAUUAACAAGCAUUUAAAGUGGAGAAAUACUUUAAGGUACAUUGACAAGUGUUACAUAUACUGUGCUGCAAUCUAAGACGUUAGUUUCAUCCAACAUGUGCAUUCAAUGCAUUCAAUAUCCUGAAUAUCAAUAUUCUGAUGUUUAACCAGCAUUGAACUACCUUGUCCCAUUUUGUGAGUACUUUACUUGGUAUCCACUUUGACUUAUUACACUGUACUUAAUGGUACUGAUGUCAUGGUGGUGCUGAAUUGCACAACUGAUUUUAUGCACAAGCUGUUUGAGUGAAGGUUUACGUUUGCAAUGGAAUAACAUUGAUUUAUUUGAGCGUGUUUCAAUUGUGAAAAUAAGCAAUAAAUCUGGAUAUGAGAAGAUUCGUGAUUUAACGUUCGUAUUCUCAUGUCUCAUUUUCUAAUCUGGGCCUUUAAACCCCUUGUUUUAAUGUGCUGACCAUUAUUUCCCCCACCGAUGGACACAAAAUAUCCACCUGGGUGAUGUCCCACUUUAUUAAGCACGCACACACCUAAUAUGAAAUUCACAACCCAAUACUUUCAGAUUUAUAUGAUUGCUUUAUUUCAUUAAGCACCAG